GGAAGUGGCUGGCAGCAGUUUACAUUUCGGCAGUACGUUUGAGUGGCCGGACGUGGUUGGAGUUGUUCCGCUGAAGCAACAACAGCAAUGAAAACGAAUUCGUAGGCACACUAUGUUGCACUGGCCAGUUGCAGGAAAGCCUUUAUUGAAUAUCUCAGCAACUGUGUUUCCAGUGAAUGUAGCAGACUAGGAAGUAGGAACGUGGGCCUGAAGAAAAUGCUGUCCUCCUGGCGAAUAUACAUACUUGUAUCUUUCUUGGUCUGUGAUGGAGUUGUAGCACAAGUGGAAAAUCGCGUGGUUUUCCUGUUUAACACCUUUCAGAAUGUGAGUAUGAAUGAGAACGAGACGGUGCAGGCAGUGGUCUCCAGAAUCCCCCCUGAAGUGGCCUUUAUCACCCUCCAGUUCCACACACAGCACAGCAAUGCUACGCUGUCCUACAACAGGAUGCCAGGGCUGGGCCUCUCUCUAACAGCGGUGGACUCAGGCCUUCUCUCACCCCUGAUCCCCGGUCAGACCACGCUCUCCUGGUUCCUGCUGGCCGCUGAUGGGGACUCUGUGUCCGGCACUGGGGUCAUCCUUCCCUACACCAGCUCUGACCCAGUCCCUGGAGCUUGUAAUCUGGAGUUUGACCUGGACAUUGACCCAAAUGUCUAUCUCCACUACAACCUUUUUGAGACUACUAUCCGCUUUGCACCUGCAAAUAUUGGAUAUUCAAGGGGCUCCAAUCCGCCCGCCUGUGACACUGAAGUGGGUGAAAACACUCGCUGGCGCCUGAGGUACGACAUCUACCAGUACUUCCUGCCUGAGAGCGACCUAUCAGAGCAGAGCCUCAUCACCAGCAUCCAGAGUGUGGCCAACGUGCAGACCAUGACAGAGCAUGGAAAAAGGCUCAUGACACUUUCGUCCAAUGAUAAGACGGAGGUAGUGUUUAGCUCCAUCCCGGGCCAGGGUGUAAUCUACUCUGUCAUAGUCAGAGACCCAGUGAUUAACACCUCUUCCUCGUAUAUCCCUGUCCACACCUACGCCUGCAGCUUCUCCUCCACCCUGGAUGGCUGCGACACUCUGGGAAAGAUAUCCACAACGAUCUUCUUCACCAUUGUUGGUUUAGCUGGCCUCUUCGUGUGCUUCUUUGGGCACCGCUUCUUCAAAUGUGAGCUAUUCUGUAUGGGCUUUGGCUUCGCAGCGUUUUUCUUUUUUAUCUUGAUCACAAGAACUACAAAACUGGACUAUGACAUCCGUCUGACCCUGACAGCAGUGAUUGGCGUAGUGGGGGGAGUUAUCCUGGUGAUGAGCUGGUGGCGCUUCGGCUCGGUCAUGUCCUGUGUCAUCGUAGUCGGUCUCAUGCUGGGGUUCCUCAUCUCCUCCACUGUCUUCUUCACGCCUAUCGGUGACAUGGAGGUGUUCCGUUCAAAUGUGGUGUUCUGGGUGACGUUCAGCUGCAUCGUGGUCGUGGUACCGCUCUUCUUUGUGCGCUGGCCAAGAGAGGGUAACAUCACUACGUGUGGUGUCGCUGGAGCCUAUGCUGUGGUGCUGGCUGUGAAUGCUUACAUCUAUAUCAGCCUCUCGUACAUCACCCUUAACAUCCUCAAGCGCUUCCUCAACGACAACUUCAGCAAGGCCUUUACUGAUGUGCCUUUCCAGGACAUCGAUUUCAUCAUGAUCACAGUGUGGGUGGUUCUGGGUGUGUCUGGUAUCGUGCUACAGUUCUACCGGGAACGCACACGGCCCUUCUUCCCCCCCAGCCCUUACCUCAUGUGGCUGCAAGAGCGGGAGCGCCGCAAGACAAACGUUCUGGACCCAAGCCACCACACAUCCUCACUCCCUUCCCGUCUCCUCGCCCGUGCCCGACAGCUGACUAGCUGGAGAGAGUCCGCUGGUGAGCGCACACCCCUCCUCCUUUAAACCCACCCACUCGACCCAGACCCAUUUUACCCAGCCAGGUAGCACCAUUGCGUUGGAGCAUUUUUAUUCCAGAUUAUGGAUUUUCGAUUCUAUUGAUGAUGGUAACAGUCCAGUAAGGUAGUGUUUAUAUGCCCGUGGUGGAACUUUGGCAUGUAACUUCUGCAGAAUGUGUCCCACAAAGUGCACACAGAGAAUUUAAAGCAUUAUUUUCUACCAUAAUUUGUUUCACUUCCUUAGUCUUGUGGUAUUUGGUGGCAUGUUCUUAGAGGGUACUGAGGAAGUUGUUACCGCUACCACUUAAUAUUUGUCCCCCCAGUUUUAAUGGGUAUGACACCACUGUCAGGGAGUUCUGGGUAUGCCCAUUUCAGCUCCAAUGGCUAUAUUGUUUUUUAUGUUUUGUCAACAUUUUUGUGUGCAAACUGUCACUUUUACACCAUGUUUUAUAAAACUGUAUGUAGAGGCCACUCUUUUUUUCAUUUUCUUUUACAAAUAUGAUACAAUUAGAUUUUUAAGAAAUAUGAGAUGUUAUAUUGAAAUAUGCAUGUGUUUUGGGGACCCAUUUUGCGAAAUGUAGUUGUUGCAUCGAACACUACUGUAUGGGUGGGAACUUGCAGCCUAAAAUGUAUCCUCUUGAUUUCAUGGACAUGUUUGACAGCACUCUAAAAUCAUAAACCACAAGUGGCAGGUGUAGGUGGAUCCUGAGCACUGAUGUUUAUAGCCCUUCAGGAUUUCCUCCGUGUUGAGCAGUAGCAGGAAGAGGAAACGACAAGUGUCACAGCCUCUUGCUGUCAGGUGGCCUAACACUUCAUUUAAAGUGGGCCUGCUGUUGAUGUUCCUUAUUGCCAGCUUUCGUUUGGUAAAGCAUUUUCAGUGUUUCCCCUAUGACAAUGUCCUGCUAGCUGUUCCCAUAGACUUCCAAUCAUUGAGCCAACGACUGUCCAUUUAAAAGCGUGUCUCUGCAGAAAUAUAUUAAUUUAAAAAAUGGUGGCAACAAUUUAGCCACCACUGCUAAAUGAACAUAGGGGAAACACUGAUUUUAAGGUAGUCCAAUACGUGUCUUGUGGGACUUUUCUUUAGGUUCUUUCUCUCUUAUUACCCACCCAGUAUGUGCUUUGGUAUGAAAAGCUGUCUUAUUGAGGCAUUAAUAAUGUGUACAGGAAUUUGCCUGCAGAGUCACCUGACAUGGUUUAUUAAUGCAUCCCAUGACCGAUGUCAGUUUUUCCUCCAAAUGUUCAGUAUUAUUGAAGCUUGAUUAAGUGGAUAAUUUAAGAGAUUAUUUUCCCUCUUGUGCAGAACAAGGUAUCCUCAGAUGCAGUGUAAUAUCCCACAAGUGAUUUUGUAAAUCCUCGCCAUUUGCACACGACAGGAUGUUGAAUUAAAAUUUGAUAGGGAAUUUAUUGAUAUUUUAUGAUUAGCAGAAUCACCUGACAGGAUUCAGAUUAGGAUUACAAUGUCAAAGAUGGGAAAGAGUGAAAUGCACGUAGAAAUAGCCAUUUAUUGGUUUCCAAACCAAAACACACAGGGGUGUGAUGAGGCCAACAUAAAGUUAUAAAGUUAUUAUUAUGCACUAAGAUUACUGAUGAAGCUUUCUUAAAGAUCAAGGUUGCCUUCCAGUAUUUUUCACUACAGCUCUUAGGUACUUACCUUUUCAUGUGCCAUGUCAUGUUUUAAAAUGGGCUGUUUGUCUACAGUGUUUCUGUUUUGUUGGGAGAGAAAUGUAGUUAAUUAUUUAAUAAAUUGUUUUUCCUAAAAAUCA